AUGUGUUGGACGAAUCAUGUCCAAGCACCCAACAGCUUGAGGAAGGAGCCAAUGGGAUGGAGCCACUCGUUCCAGGAAGAUAGGAUCAAGGAAGUGAUGAUCAUCUUCAAUGGACCAAUCAGGUUCAGCUACCUAGCAGCUUGGAAAAUGGACCAAUGGAAAAGUGCCAUUCAAGCUAAGUGGAUAAUGAUGGAUGGAGUUGCUAGUGAGAGGGAGGACGCCCAGAAGAAGAAGAAAGAGGAGGAGGAGGAGAAGAAGAAGAAAGAGAAGAAAAAGAAGAAGAAGAGAGGGAGCGUUCGGGCAGAAGCUUAUGGCAAGCUGACGGUUCAGCGAGAGACGGGGUUGCUGCCUAUGGCCGAGUAUGGAAUAGACAGCCCGGGAUGUGACCAUCUGGGAGACAGAACUCGUUUGGGUUGUGAACCGUGGAAAUGGCGAUCCAACGGGAUGUGGCUGCCUGGGAGAUGGAACUCGGGUAGUGAUGUUUUAUCUCGCGUGCCUGUGUGCCUCCUUCGGCCGUGGCCGAGAGGGUCGAGCUCGCGGGACGGGCUGACCUGGGCUGUGUUGUGUUCUUCGCCCGGGAUGGCCUAUCCAGCAAACCUCGAUCUGAUAGAGGAGAUGGUAGAAGUCUUCAUGGACGAUUUCUCAGUCUAUGGAGCAUCCUUCUCCUCAUGUUUGUCUAACUUGUGCAGGGUCUUGCAGAGGUGUGAGGAGACAAAUCUAGUACUCAACUGGGAGAAGUGCCACUUCAUGGUUCAAGAAGGGAUUGUGCUUGGACACAAGAUUUCCGAGAAAGGGAUCGAGCUCGAUCGAGCUAAGGUGGAUGUCAUGUUGCAGCUUCCUGUUCCCAAGACUGUGAAGGACAUCAGGAGUUUUCUGGGUCAUGCAGGGUUCUACAGGAGAUUCAUCAAGGAUUUCUCAAAGAUAGCAAGACCCUUGACAAGGCUUCUGUGCAAAGAGACAGAUUUUGAGUUUGAUGAAGAAUGCCACAAGUCUUGGACCUUGCUGAAGGAUGCUCUGCUAUAUAGUUGGAUCAAGGUGAUUGUGCACACUGACCAUGCUGCCCUUAGGCACAUCUUUGCUAAGAAAGAUACAAAGCCAAGACUUCUCAGAUGGAUCCUUUUGCUUCAAGAGUUUGACAUAGAAGUUGUGGACAAAAAGGGAGUGGAGAAUGGAGUUGCUGAUCAUCUCUCUAGGAUGCGAGUUGAAGACAUAGUCCCCAUCAAUGAUUCUAUGCCUGAAGAACAGCUUAUGGCAAUCAUGAUCUUGAAAGAGGUUUUGAUGAGAAAGUCAGGCUGGAAGAAGUUAAGGCUCUGCGUGAUGAGAAUUUGCCUGGCACUAUAUUGGGAUGAGCCUUACUUGUACAAGAGAGGACCAAAUAGCAUUUACAGAAGAUGCAUAGCUGAAGAAGAUGUACAAGGAGUUCUAGAGCAUUGCCAUGGAACCAUCAUCUUUCCAAGAUAUGGCAUCCCAAGGGUUGUUAUUUCGGAUGGAGGUUCCCAUUUCAUCAACAAGGUGUUUGAGAAGUUGAUGAAGAACUAUGGAGUCAAGCACAAGGUUGCCACGCCCUACCAUCCUCAAACCAGUGGGCAAGUUGAAGUCUCCAACAGACAGAUUAAGGCCAUACUUGGAGAAGACUCUUGCCACUUACCUGUGGAGGUUGAGUACAAGGCACUAUGGGCAGUGAAGAUGCUGAACUUUGAUAUAAAGGCAGCACAAGAAAAGAGAGUAAUGAACUUGUUUGAGUUGGAGGAAAUCAGAAUGAUGCCUAUGAGAACUCCUAGAUCUUAA